GCAAGAAUAAUAAAUCUCUGCCAUUAUUUAACCGCCAAAGCAGCGUUUGUGCAUUAGAAGAAAGACGGAGUGAAAAAAGUGAAAACAAAUAUUUUAAAUGUUCUUACAGAAGAUAAAGACAAAGGCAAAGACAAAGACAAAUACAAAUACAAAUACAAAUAAGAAGCUCAAGCGCAGUCACGGCUUAGCUACUACUCUUGGCUGGUGGUUAAAGCAAGCGGUGCUUGUCGGCGGAAAUAUAUGUGUACAUAUGUAUGUACGCGUGAAGAUGUGCAAACAACAGUAACAACAGCAAGAAAGUGGUGUGGCGUGUCAAGAAAUGGUGGCAGUAGAAAUUUAAACGGCUUACAGACGCAUUCGAAAUAAUACAAAUACACACACAUGUGGAGAUAAAUGCUUACACUUACAUGUGUACAUAUUAAUUUGGCUAAACAGUGCAAUCUUAGUUUGUGAUUAGAUGUUCGUUGUGCAACUUUUUGAUUGAUAUUCUUGCCACAACUAGAGACUGGGGAUGAAAAACCUAAAUAGAAACGAUUUAAUAUCUAAAUAUGCAGAAACAAGAAAAAAGACGCGAACUGCGUCUGAAAAGAUUUUGGCGUUCACCAAAAACCACAUCAUCCGAAGAUUCAACCGGCUAUGAAAGUCCCACACGCACCAAGCCCACAAAUGACGCACAACGCUUCAAUCAUUUGCAUUACACGAGUUUAGCGCAAAGUGCACCGGGUGGAACGGAGAAUGGGACGGCAUACAACAAGCCGACGUGUUCGCUGCCGCUGUUGCAAGUGUGGCCCAGUCAGGAUUCGCCGCGUGGUGAGGCGGAUGGCCAAUCCUUCAUCUUCCCUGUCAUUGCCGAGACGAGUACGAGUAGCAGCAGUGGCGCCGGCAGCAGCAGUACGACUGGGGACAGCGCCGGUGCUGGCAGCUCAACUACGACCACUACCACAACCAGCGGCACCAGCAAUCACAACAAUACCAAAAACAAUAGCAUAAGUAAUGGCAAUCAUUUAACGCUCAGCAACACCUGUUUGGGCGAACGACGUCGUAGCUCGCUUUACUGUGAUACCUUGCAUGCGGGCGACUCCGGCAUCGAUUCGGUGCAGGCGUCGCCCUCGCCAAACGCACUGCCGCCGCCACCAGGCGUUACGCUACUGGGUACAGGCUUGGGCAUUGGCAGUAACUCCUGCAACGUCUCACCCGCCACAACUCCAACACAGGGCUCGCCAAAUCUCUCACUGGGCGGUGCACGUGCCGGUGCUCGCGCCAGUAUCAGUAUCGGCGCACCAAAUUAUAGACGCAAAUCCAGCGCGCUACUACAUCCCGAUCAUGCGCGUUUAUUUGCCUUGCGUAUGAAACACGCUGCCGCUUUGGAACGAGCACAAACCUCACCAGAUCAAACAUCGAUCGAAGAUGCAACGGAAUUCCAUGAUAAUGGACUAGCAACGAAUUUGCGUCUUUGCUCUGCGUCUUCGUCGACGACGUCGUCGCUGACCUCCGUCGCAGCGGUUAGCUUGGGCGGUGGCAUGGGGGCAAUCGGCGUUGCCGGCUCCUCCUCAUCCUCCGCCGCGGCUAUGGCAGGUUGUUUAACUGCCGGCGCUGGUGCGGGCUCACAGCAGCGCGUCUCCGACCCAUGGCUGCAGCCGCAAUCGGAUCGUGAACGUGAUUCGCGUUACGAACGGCGUCGCUCCUCUACGAUGACAGCGCGCUACUCACUAUUCGAUGCAUUGGAUUUGGAAUAUGUACUAUUACGUGCGGCGGCGCGCGGCUCGGUCGGCCCCUACUCACUAAGCGAAUCUAUACACAAACUGACAUUUACACAAUCGUUGGCGUUUCCGGCACUGGCACGCGGUCUCGCCACAAAACGAAGACGUUCGCAUACGCGCACCAGUUCGCGACCGCUGAAUCCCAACGAGUCGGGUCUUAAUACGUGUGCGAAAGUUAUCACCGCCGUCAUAUUGGUGGGCAUAUCGUUUAUGGUGUUUCUGAUUGUGUAUAAAUUUGUGCGAACGUGAGGUUUACUCCUGGCCCCGACAGAUUUUCCCGUCACAUAUCAGCAAGCGAAUGUGAAUGCGAAUGCGUACACGUUCACAACAACAACAACAACGGGAAAUGCGAGUGCCAGCAAAACACUGUCGGGGUUCAGGAGAGUAUUGGGUCUGAAAGAUCGAGAUUGAGAGCAAACAAAAGUGAGUAUUUUGAUAGAUGAGCGCGAAAUACAAUAAAGAAUACAAAUUGUGAUAAGCAUAUAUGUGUGUGUGGCGGUGUGCCAUAAAGCGGAAACAAUGGAGCUUCAGGAAGGAGGAGGAAGGACAAUGCUGGAAUCAUGCCACUUGUAAAAAAAAAAACAAAAAAAAAGAGUUUCAAUUAAAAUAUUUUAUAAUUCAAAUACUAACACAAAAUGCCUUUUUAAAAAUAGUAUUUGCUACUUUUUAAUACUAAUAGCAUUUUUAAUACCUAUACGCUUACGUUUUAUACAUACAUACGCUACACAAUAUAUGCCUAAACAAUAUUGCUGCAUUAAAAACAAAUUAUAUUUUCUAAUAAAUCGG